CCAUGCGACUGCUGAGAAAAGUUGAAGGGCACGAGGACAAGUAAAAUUCUAGCCUGCCUUGAGUGGUGUGGUGUAUAUUUUAGUGUUAUUCGCCAAAGUAAAGUAAGUGGUUAAAUAACAGACGACGAAAAAAACAAUUACUAACCCUACAAGACGAUUUAGGGUUUUCUUACUACGUCGACGGCGAAUAUUUGUCUGACUUGCUCAAAGGUUAUGGCGCGGCUCUGUUAGCAAGUGAUUAGCGGGCAAUGUAGCUUGCUAAUGUUGGUACAAGGUUAAACAUUUCACCAUUUGAUUUAUUCGUUUAAGAUUAACGUUAAACAUUGAAGUCUAAUGGAGUUAAUGUGCUACGAAAAUGGAGGAUUUGAUUCGACCUCUGCCAACGCAUCAGAUCCCAACAACCCCUACAUACGCGCCUCCUGCGACCCUGUUUUGACAAGGGAUCACCGAAUUUGGAGAAAUCUUCUUAUAUUAGAAAAGCUCAGCCAGACAUCAGAUACUUUCUUCGGCUCUGUUCAAACGGACAUCCAACCUUAUAUGCGACGAAUAUUGGCGGUGUGGAUGUUGCAGGUUUGUGAGGAGCAGAAGUGUGAAGAGGAAGUAUUCCCACUGGCAAUUAACUACCUGGACCGCUAUCUGAUGCGCUAUCCCAUUGAAAGGGGCCACCUACAGCUUCUCGGGACCGUCUGUAUGUUUGUGGCCUCUAAACUCAGAGAAACUGUUCCACUAAGUGCAUCCAAGCUUUGCAUCUAUACUGACAAUGCUGUGUCAAUCCCUCACCUCCUGCACUGGGAGAUGAUUUUGGUAUCCAGGCUGAACUGGAAUCUUGCCAUAGUUUUGCCCUCUGAUUUCCUGGAGCCUAUUCUGGCAGGUUUGCCCAUCAUUCCGCAUGACCUCCAUGCUCUACGCAAGCAUACUCACUCUUACAUUGCUCUUGCUGCAACAGAGUUAAAGUUUUCAGUCUUUUUGCCCUCUGUAAUCGCUUGUGCCUGUGUUGCAUCUGCUGUUCGGAGGCUGAAGCUCUUGAGUGGUGGCCUGUCUUGUGACACUCUUCUGCAGCUGCUGGCCAACACCUUAGACACAGAUCUGAAUGCACUCUGCAGCUGUUUUAAUCAGCUAGAAGUUGUUUUGGACCUUAGCUUGCCCACCACGGCUGAGGUGAAGUCUCGAGCCAACUCUCCUAACUCAGAGGUCAGCAACACGCCUACAGACAUACAGGAUGUCAAGCUGUCUUCACUGGGUUAGAUCUGUAAUGUCCACCACGGAGAGUUUUGUCAUUACAUCUUUGGGUCUCUGAUGCACUUCAAGUGACGUGUUUGUCAGCCAUAGUAAGUGGAGUUGCACACAGUGGAGGGACUAAUAACUAUGAGAUAUUUAUGAAAAACAGUACAAAAGCAGGAGCCUAUGAAUAAGAAUUGAGACAUUGAGGAGUUAAUUUCCUGUUCCUUUAGAUAACUUUAAAUCAGUUUGUGAUUUUAGUUUACUAUAGUUUUACCAACAGGUUUUACUUUUUAUGUGUACCAGUUCACUUCUUUGUAGCUUCACAUUAGAUAGUUGUUCUUCAAUGGCUGCACAUUACUGUAUGCACAUUAGAAAACAUGUCUGGGAAGUGUGAUCCGUGUGAACAUGUUCUCUGUAGCAGAUGGUCUUCACUGAAGGCAAAUAUUUGUAUUGUGUUUCAGCCUGUGCUCUUGGUAAACAUUUGAUCUUUCAAAAGUACAUGAAUUCUUUCUGAAAUGCUGCUCUUCUAUGUUUGGUCUGUCAUUAUAUAUAUGUAAUAAAAUGUAUCCAAAUGAA